UGUCAAUGGCUGUCAGUGUCAGCUACUGUUUUCCAUUGAGUUCAGAACGUCCACAAUAGUUAUAAUACUCGAAUAAAGUUCCAAGUAUAUUUUGUAAAUUUUUCAGGCUAGAGAACUUCUCGACAUAUAUAAGUAAUUUUGAUGUCCAAAAUGAAGAUGGCUGAUGGUGCUACAAUUUUGCGAAGAAACAGACCUGGAACAAAAGCAGAGGAUUUUUGUCGUUGGCCUGAUGAAGCUUACGAAGAGAUGGAUAGUACCUUGGCAGUUCAACAGUGUAUUCAACAAUUGAUACGUAAAGAUCCAAGUAAUAUUGAGCUAAUAUUAAAAAUGCCAGAAACUCUAGAUGAAGGUGUAUGGAAAUAUGAGCAUUUGAGACAAUUCUGUAUGGAACUGAAUGGUUUGGCUAUCCGCCUCCAAGAAGAAUGUCGUCCAGAAACAUGUAACCAAAUGACAGCAACAGAGCAAUGGAUAUUUUUAUGUGCAGCUCAUAAAACCCCUAAAGAAUGUGCUGCCAUAGAUUAUACAAGACAUACCUUAGAUGGAGCAGCAUGUCUUCUGAACAGUAAUAAAUAUUUUCCUAGUAGGGUUAGUAUUAAAGAGUCAUCUGUAGCAAAGCUUGGAUCUGUCUGCCGAAGAGUGUACAGAAUAUUUUCUCAUGCAUACUACCACCAUCGCUCCAUAUUUGACGAAUUUGAAACAGAAACUUGUUUGUGUAAGAGGUUCACUCAUUUUGUAACCAAAUAUAAUUUAAUGUCAAAAGAUAAUCUCAUUGUACCAAUAUUAGGAGAAGCUACUACAGGAGAAUCAGAAGCUUAGUGUGUAUCAGUCACCUAUCCAAAAAGCUUAAGUGAAUAAAGAUAGAAAUCUGGAGUGACCUUUUAACAUUUUCAUGGUUUUCAUUCCAAAUUUUUUUAGUCCAUCACAUUUUGUAUAACAAAAAUUAAUUUUUGUCAUGAACUAUAAGUGUUUUUUGUUUACUGUAUAUUAGUUUGACUCGAAAUAUGUAUGUAGAUAAAUUAUUUCAUUGUAUCUCAUAAAAUAUUUCUUUGAUUAAAUUCAAAGUUCAUGUAAAACCAUUCAUUAGCUAAUGUUUGGUGAGAAUAUUGAUGUAAAAAAUUAUGGGAAUUAUUAAAAUUUAAAGCGAUA